AUGGAAAAGAUUGUGGAAACUGAUGAACAUAAAAAAAUGAGGCAUAUUGCUUUCAUUGGAAUUGUUGUUUCAACUGUUGCUGUUUUUGGUGCAGUUGUUACAUUACCAAUGUUAUACAAUUAUGUACAAUCAUUACAAAGUCAUCUAUUAAGUGAAACUGAUUUUUGCAAAACUCGUUCAAAAGAUAUGUGGUAUGAAAUUUCAGCACUUCAAGAAGGAAAAAAUCAAUUCCAUAGAAUAAAAAGAGGAUGGUUAUUUGGACAAUAUGUUCCAGAUAGUGGAUAUAAUCCUGGUAAUGCUCCAGUACCUUCUGUUAAUAGAGGUGGUAGUUCUGGAAAUAAUUUCGGAGGUGGAUAUGGUGUAACAGCAGCUCCAGUUGCAAGUGAACCUGAACAAGUUUGUUGUACAUGUCAUCAAGGAUUACCUGGACCACCAGGUCCUUUAGGUUCAGAUGGUUUACAUGGACAUGAUGGAAAUAAUGGUAAAGAUGGUUUACCAGGAAAGGAUGGUGAAAUGAUACCUGCUGAACCAUAUGAACCAUGUGUAAUAUGUACUCCAGGAUCAAUUGGACCACAAGGUGCAAUGGGACCAAAAGGACCACCAGGACCAAAAGGAUCACCAGGAGAAAAUGCUAAACCAGGAUUAAAUGGAGAAGUUGGACCACAAGGAGCAGAAGGAACACCAGGAAGACCAGGUAGACAAGGACCUAAAGGAUCACCUGGAUCAGCUGGUAGAUUAAUAUAUAUUCAAGGAGAACCAGGACCAACUGGUCCACCAGGAGUUCCAGGAAUUAAAGGAAUCCCAGGAGCUAAAGGAGUACCUGGAAAUAGUUUCCAAGGUCCACCAGGACCUCCAGGAGAUUCUGGUGCACCAGGAAGAGAAGGAAGAGCAGGACAAGGUGGUCAAAAAGGUAAAAUUGGUGAUCUUGGAAAAGUUGGUUCAUGUGAUCAUUGUCCUGCACCACGUACUCCACCAGGUUAUUAA